AUGCCAACAGCACACGGCUUUCGCGUCACAGUCGAGACGUUCGACAACGAGACCUUCACAGAGUACGGCACCAAGACUCACCGGGCAUCGGAGCGAACCAUCAGCACCAAGAUCGAGUCUCGAGCAAGUACCAAGUUCCGCAUCCGCAUACAAGCCGUGGGGCCAUUCUCGCUGCCUGAAUCGAACAUUAUCCUUGAGCAAGCAACGUCCUUUUACGCCGCCCGGAUUGUCGAAAACUAUCAGCCUGAUGUUGCUGAACGCCUUAGAUCGCCCCCAUGGGACAUCGAAGCCGCGGUCUUCGUAGAUGGCGAACAGCACGAUUCGAAGAUUCACAAGCUCGAUUUCGAUUGUGAUGCGUUCAGAGAUGGCGCCAUCAUGUCUCACAAAUGUUCGAAGGACGCGAAAGGCAUUUGGCGGCGAUGGAAUUGGAUCUUCAGUGAGGAGGGUGUCGAUGCCAUGCUCAGCCGACUCGACAUCACAUCUUCUUCCUCCCCUCCUACACGGGCCGUGAGUUCCAGCAGGACUAGUCCGCCCGGAAAGCAUGGCACUAUCGAGGUUCAUCUGGCACGAUUCGUUCAGACUAGUAAGGCGUCAACAACCUUCCAGAUGGUGGCGCCAGAUGCUAUGCAAGAAGCGGCAGAAGCACCGGACGAUGGUCGAUGGCCCCUGGCUAAUGGUCCUCACUCUGUGACCCUUGCGAAUGCCGAAGGCAAGAAUGAAGAAUGCUACUACGUCCGUGGUGAUAUGCUGGAUUAUUCCAAACCGUACGCAAAAUUUGUCUUCCAGUACAUGCCUCGCACAAAGCUCAUCAACCUCGGCCUGCUCAACGUUCACAAGCCCUACUUUCCAGCAGCCCUCAGCGCUCUGGAACCGCCCACCUCAGGCAAACGCAAGCGCUCGGUCUCGCUCACCUCAUUGCCCACCCUCGACGCACGAACAGAGUAUUGGGGUCAACUCGUCGUCUACCGCUCAAAGCGCACCAAGGAUGCUGGCUACGACGCCAACCCUGAGCCGAUCAUUCAGGGAGCGAGGUUGAAGUUCUUGGGAGGCGGCCUCAGCAAGCCAAGCAACUCAUUGGCGUUGCGGACCAGAAGUGCAUCAUUAUCAUCAGGUGCGGCAGGGGACGGGGGAAGUCGAGAACUGAGCCGCAUCGAGCUAAUGGCUGAGACAGCAGGCACACAAAGCAUGACUUUGGCAGUAGAGAAGCUGCAUAUCGAGGAAAGUGCGAAGGAUACUCGCCGUGAUGACAUUGCAGGAAAGGGACAUGUAGGCGGAGAAGGUGCGACUGACGUGGACACCAAAACCGAUGAUGAGUUCGUGGCAGGCGCUGCUGACAGCGACGACGAGGACGGCGAGGAGGACAUGGGGAGCUCUAGCGAGUAA